GUAAUGUACACUUUUUAAAUCACACCCUUGUCUAAACCUUAUCUUCAGAACUGGACCAACUAUUUAACUAACAUUUCUGAAUCUAAUUUAUGCCGAAAAGGAAAAAGGGCUUUUCAAACGGGUCCUUACGAAGUAACUACUAAAACUAACAAGAUUAAAAGAAAAUCCGACCAACUAAAAGGAUCACCGCCAAAAUCUCCAUGGCGAACGCCACCUUACUCUGCUCUCCACUACCCAUUUUCAAACAAACUCAUUCCCUUCCAACUCUUCGUUGCCCCGAAUUUUUUAAAAAACCCAGGCCAUUGACUGGAAACCUGUCCAUUCCCAGCUUAAAUUGGAAGCCAAAAUCCGUGAUUGGUAUAGUCGGGUCAGCUCUGGCCUUGGCUCUUGCGGGUUCCGCUUCGGCCUCCGAAUUGCCGUUGUUGCUAGGCACUUCUUUGCCGCUCAGUGAGCCCGCUAAUGCCUUGUCUCUUCCCACUUGGGCCAUACACGUGUCCAGUGUUGUUGAAUGGAUUACAGCAAUGGCUUUGGUGUGGCAAUAUGGAGAGAAAUCUGGGUUUGAAUCAUGGAAGGGUCUCUCUUGGGGAAUGGUACCUUUACUCGGUGGAGCAUUUUGUGCGUGUACCUGGCAUUUCUUUUACAAUUCUGAAUCCCUUGAGGUAUUGGUGGCUCUUCAAGCUGCACUGACGGUAAUAGGUAAUGCCACUAUGUGUUAUGCUGCAUUUCGUAUCUGCAAAGUAACGGACAAAAAUUCCCAGAAGCUAUGAAGUUUCCACUCAUAUAAUCCAUUGAAUGUGCCCCAAGGAUCAGUAUUGUCCACUGCUAUGUGCUAUCCUUCUAUUGGAGAGCUCAACUAGGCGAGGUGCCACUUACAAGCUAUAAACAAUAGGCAAUCGUUUACCUUUUGCAGUAAAAAAAACUUGGCAAGGUGGAAGCUGCCCAAUUAGUGACAAAAAAGCAAACAUUAUAUUAUCUAAAUGUAAGACAUUUUUCUCUCAUGCUUGUCUGGGAAUGGCUAUAAGCAGCCUGAGAGUCAAAUAUCAUUUUUUGAGCUGUAUCUAUAAUGAAAAGCCUCUCCCUUGUCAAUUUGUCAA